AAUAUGGCGGACGGGAGAAGUUUCAGCACACCUAAGAGGAAACUGACGAUUGAUAAAUGUUCCUUUCGCGAUGAAAAGGAAAGAUUCAGACGACACAUAGAGGAGCAUCCUUUCAAUCAUGCGGUAGAGAUUACUGUUCCAGAUUAUUUACUUGAAAAUGUUAAACAGUGCCUCCAGAGCAUUUCACCAUCUCAGGAUUCAUAUUGUUUGAUUGAACUACCAGUGCAUGUCUUCAUAGAGGUGGAGUUUUUCAAGACAUUUCUACAAAGUGGUCAUUUCAUUGCCCUCAGCUGGGAAACAUACAUUGAUGCAGGCAACUGUGCAGCAGUCCUUCCAACUGGAGUCCUCAUUCUUUCUUUGGACAAAGACACAUAUGAGCAGUUGGGUCUCACAGGGAAACCAUCAAUGUUUCAAAAGAAACACAGAUUCAAUGUGGAGGUUAAUCUGGCUGCACCAAAUUUUGUUCCUGGAAAGAAGGUUUAUGAGAGAGUCAGAUGGUGUCUAAAGGACAACCUACCAUUAACAUUCAAGUUUCUCAUGAGUUGGACAAAUGAAGGUCAAGUAUCAACAAGCAAACUCCACUCUUUCUUCAGUUCAUUUGGUUGCCAGAUGUUGUAUAAUACAGAGGAUAUCAAACAAGUUCAGAACCAUCAGAAAGCUCCAAAGAUUAGCUUUGACAAAUCAAAAUUCACAGAUAAUGGCACUAGCACAGAGACUGGUGUGUGUGACUGUAUGUCAUUUUUUGAAUGGCUUGGCUGUGUUGCUUGUGGAGUGGAUUGCUCAGUAGCCUUGCCAGACAGUUAUGUCUCAACACUAACAUGUCCAGAACAAUCAUGCAGCUUGAAACAGCUGAUAACAUGCCGCUGGACUGGAAUGAUAACAAGCAACCGCAUUUUAUCAAUUUUACUUACAGUAAGAAACCUUCUAAAGACAGCUGAUCUUCCUUGGGUGGCAGUGACUGUGUGGGGAUUUACUGACUGUCCAGUUACAUGGAAACAGAAUGAACACGGACACUUUGUCAGUGGGGAGAACUUGUACACCUUUGUGGUGUUUCCUAAUGAUCAGUACUGGCUCUAUACAGCUAUGGGUGAUCAGGAUGUUGGUUUAUAAGCUGUUAUGUGUCUGAAACACUGGGUGACUUAACAAGACAUUUGUCAUGACCCAUGAAAAUUGUCAAGGAUAGUCACUGCUGGCAGUGAUUUUACUGUUUUCUGAUCAUUGCUGUUGGCAUGUGCAAGUAAAGUUGCAGGUGUUUGCCCAAUCUGACCAUUCUUUUGCCAGUUGCUGUGAGUAGCUAAGUCAAUCAGCAAUUCAGAUUGGGCAAUUUUGACUCAUGAAUUUCCAAAGCAGAGCCUUAAAACAAAGUUGAAGGCCCAAAUCACUUUUAAGUGUUAACAAUUGCAAAGUCUGCCCUGAUGGGUCAGUUAGAAUUUCCUCAAACUUUUUCCAGUUCAGCAGCCUCGCCAGACAUUUAUGUAUCAACACUAACAUAUAUAGGACCUUCUAGAACCAUCUGUCUUCAUGUCAGAUAUAGUAAAUAAGUAUUGAAAGAGGGAAAAAACCAAGGCUGCAAAUAACAGCUGGUCAUCAGACAAAUUUUUUUUUAACAUCAGGUUUUAGGGGGCAAACAUUUGGCCUUAGGAGACACCCUGAUCAGAAAAAAUAUAUAUAUUUAAUUUGAAAUAUGCAGCCUAAGCAUGGAACACUUUGGUUUGUAGGCAGGUAGUAAUUACAAGACAGUGUGGUUGUAAUUCCUAGUGAAUGAACAAUGUCAUCUUCCAUGGAAAUUUUUUAGGCUUCACCAGAUUUGCCUCUUGUCAGGUAAAAACAGCAACUUAUACGUAAAACUUACUCAUC